GACGCCGGCAGCAUGCACGGAUUGCACGAGGGUGCAUGUGCAAAUGAUUACUAGAUAGCGAGCGCAUGCGUGUUGCGUACAGUAGUGGUCCAUUGGCGGGCCUCGGGUCAGACAACAGAUCUGGACUCAUUUUGCAUGACAGGAAGCAAAGAAAUCCUCCAGUUUAUUGGCGGUCCAGCGUCAGAAACAAGAAUAGCACCUGUCCUGCUACCAUUAAACAACAUAAUGAGAAGUUCACACCUGACUGCCUACACUGGUAACAACGAUGAGCACUUACAUGAGUGUGUCACCAAGUUGAUGGCCUUGCCCUUUCUACCCAAUGAGCACAUCAGACGAGUCUUUACUGAGAUCACCACCAAAGUGAGAGACCAAGGUCGAGCUCGCCAGCUCACCGACUGCGUUGAGAGGCAGUGGAUAUACAGUACCAAGUAUCCUGGCAGAUCAAUCUCCCGCUUCAACCAGUCGGUGACUACUAACAACAACGUUGAAGGUUGGCAUAGACGCCGUAACACCAAGUGUGGUGAACAGGAGCUAACCUGUACAGAUUGAUCUCCGCCCUUCACCGCGAAGCAAAGCUGCUACCUAUCCAGACCACAAUGCUGCAGGAAAGAAGGUGGACAAGCCACGCGAGAAAAAACGCUACUCACAAACAAUGUGACAUGUGCUAAAUGUUAUCGAGACAAAGUGUAAAGUUUUAUUGAGACAAAAGUGCAAAAUGUUAUUAAGACAAUUGCAAAAUGUUAUGUUUAUGUUGUUAUAUGAUAAAUUG